UUACUCUAUCAUUUUCUUUGACCUGGUCAACCUUACUGGACGUCUGGAAAUACUUUGACAGCUGGGCUGACCCAACACAGCAAGGGCAAAGAAAAACAGAAACGUGUUUUAAAAUACACACGCAUCUGAGUACAACUACAUCAGUGACAAUGAAUAAUUCUGGAAACAACUCCUGCAACCCGACGGCAGACUUCCAGAUUUACCUCUUUCCUGUGGUUUACUGCCUGGUGCUGGUACUGGGGCUUGUGGGAAAUGUAGGCGCCUUAUACGUGUUCAUCUUCAGAAUCACCCCACGCACCUCCUCGAAUGUGUACGUCAUCAACCUGGCGCUGGCGGACACAGUCUUCCUGUGCACACUGCCCUUCCGCAUCCACUACCAUCUGAACGGAAACGACUGGAUCUUCGGCAAGGUGGCGUGCCAGGUCACGGGCACACUCUUCUUCACCAACAUCUACAUCAGCAUCGCCUUCCUCACCUGCAUCUGCAUCGACCGCUACAUCGCCACCGUCCACCCGCACACCUACCUCCGGCUGCGCAACACCCGCUGCUCCCUGGUGGUCAGCCUGGCGGUAUGGUUGGUCGCUGUGGUGGCCAUGCUGGCCUUCAACCUGGCGGGGCCGCUGGACAGCCUGGGUGGGGAGCGAUCCCGCAGCUGCUUCGAGAACUUCUCCGAGCACGAGUGGGCCACCCGCAUGAUGGCCUACAAUGUUUGCGCCCUGGUCUUUGGCUCGCUCGUGCCCUUCGCCAUCAUCAUGGUCUGCUACCCACUGGUGGCCCGUCGCAUCGCCCGCAUCCGGACGGGCACCAGCCGGCGAGCCCUGCGCGUCAUCUACGCCAUCCUGGCCAUCACCGUCGUCUGCUUCCUGCCGUACCACGUGGUGCAUCUCCUGCACCUGCUAAUGCGCGGGCACGUUAUCCAGCUCUGCGUCUACGCCAACCCCAUCUACAAGGCACGGCGUGUCACCAUGGCUUUGGUCAGCCUCAAUAGCUGUCUGGACCCAGUGCUGUACUACUUUACCACCAGCCACUGCAAGUGGAGCUUCUUCAGACGGUUCUGCCCAAAGAGAACCAGGGGUGUCUACACCAUCUCCAAGGGAAUCUGA